CUCACAGUAUGGCCGUUGGAAACGCUGCCUGCGGUUUUCCGGAGGCAGAAGUGCACGUAAAACCAGAGGACAGCAGAUGUGGGUUUUAUUCUCUUCAGUGGGUACAUGGCAAUGCCGAGCAUCUCCAGGCUUUCUUUUCUUUUUUUGAGAGUAUGGCUGCCUUCCAGAACCAGAUCUGCUGCAUGUCCCUGGAGAGAAACCUGACAGAAAAAUGCUAUAAGACAAGCUUCAAAGGACACACAGAGAUUGCCUCCACCAAACAAACCCCACCCCCUCGCACUCGUUUGGCUUCCUUCACGCAUCACAUGGGCGAGACGGAGGCAUGCAAGUACGGCAGGGUGGAGCGGGUACAUUUGCAAGCCGUUCCCUGGAGGGCCUGUAAAAUUGCCUCCAUUUGGAUGGAGCGUCAGCGGCCAGGGGGCUCCGCUCCCCUGACAGCCGCAUCAGCGCGGCUGCAACCCUCUGAUUCUCCUCACCAGCUCCCGCCUCGGGCUCCCGGCCUCGCUGCGUGUGCCAUCUCUGCCCGGCAGAAACCCAGGAUGAAGUUCUCGCUCCCCCGGUUAAUCUCCCCCGCGUUUGAUCAGAGUUACGAGAGACAGCAACCAAUGCAAAGAUCCAACAAAGGGAGAAGCAGAGAGUAAACAUGAGCUGGAUUUACGCUGAGCUGCAAGUCGACUGAAUAUCUGGACACAU